AUGGAGAGGGCUGGGUCGGGAGGCUCAAGGGCCCUUUUUCCCAAAGGCCCCAGCUUCACACUUGAUGACUUCUCCGGCAAGGACUUCAUUGUGCGAGACUUUGUUGAUUCACUGGCGGAGACAGCAGUACCUGCAAACAGGCGGUCUGGUCCAGCGCACCAGGCAUUCGACCCCAAGCCCCUAAUCAGGACCUUUGAGAAUGCCCUAUCCCAGCUAGGAUCGCUCACUGAAGACCUUCAGGAACGAGAGUCCGAGAUUCUCUCUCAUGUGCGGCGGGCCGAGAUCCAACAUGACCAGACUCUUGACACUCUCGGGCGCAAGCUUGACCAAUCAAUGGAGCAGUUCGAGGCGUUGGAUCUUAGUUUGAACAACCCCAACGGAACAAAUGCCUAUGAUAGAGGCAGCCGGGCAGAUGGAGGUGGCAAUAUCGCCGUACAGAUUGGCGAGAAACUGGAAGAGCUAGACAGGAAGCGAAGGAGAGCGCUGGACGCCAACUUCCUGAUCCAGUGCUGGAUGGAGGUUUGCGAGACUGGUGAGCUGUCGUCGUUACAGGAUAUACAAAGGCAAGGUGGCGCAGAAAACAAGGUCCGAUGCGCCGUCAUUGCGCGACAACUGAUGCGCAUCAGCCAACGACUGGAUCCGACAUCAUGGAGUCAAACAAACGGCACCCGUGGCAAUGGGAUUACAAACGGCGUUACCGGGACGAGUCGAAAACACAACACACGAGAAGUGUUGGAGAAGUUCUCCGAGACUCUCGAACAGGAUCUGCUGAAGCAAUUCAACAACAGCUACCGCCGGCAGAACUUCGAUGACAUGAUGGAGUGUGCGAAGGUGCUUCACGACUUCAACGGAGGCGCCAGUGUCAUUGCCAUCUUCGUCAACCAGCACCAGUUCUUCAUCGACCGCGACCAGCUUCUCACUGAUGAAGUGACGACAGAUGGCGAGAUGUGGGACCAGUUGGCUGAUCCUGACUCUGACCCGCCAGGCGUCGAGCCUAGCCUCCAGUCUCUUGUCGACGAAGUCAAGAUUGUGAUGCAAGAGGAAUCUUUCAUCAUCAAACGCGCCUUCCCUUAUUACGAAACUGUCCUGAUCAAGUUCAUUCAGCGUGUCUUCCAGCAGUCUAUCCAGCAAAGACUUGAGAUGGUCCUUGAGAAGGCGAAUACUAUUUCGUCUCUGGCCUUCCUGAGAUCUCUCCACGCUUCAAGAGCCUAUAUCAGUGCGCUUAUCGAGGAUCUCAAGACUCAUGGCUUGACGGAGAAUCCCGAACCAUGCUCGGCACAGAUUUCUCAGACACUAGACCAACAGAUGGAAGAGUUGUUCGUCCCGUAUCUAGUUGGUAACUCUUAUAUCGACCGCGAAAGAAAGAGUUUGGAGGAGAUGUACAACUCUCUUUUGUUCAAGUUUACCCUCUAUCAUUCGAGGCGGCAGAAGGCGCCUCGUGGAUUCAUGGCGGCUAUUGCUCAACAGGGCACACAACUCAUUGCCUCAGCUAAGGACGCAUACAUGGAGCGCCUCGAUUCUUCUGAUCUUACGCCGACUCAGAAGGCGAUGAUGCUCCGAGUUGCUGGCAUCCAAGACACGGAUAAGAAGAACGAGAUCGAGGUCUCGGAGGAAGACGGUGUGCUCAGUGUUGCGAAUGCGAAGCGUAUGAUGACAUGGCUCGCGGAAAGUGUGCGGCGGACAUUAGAGCUCGGAACAGCCAGUGACACCCCCAAGGACGUCAGUGUGCUUCUCAACCUGCUCCUUACUAGUAUGGGCAAAGUCUACGUCGAGACCGCGCUUGAUGCUGCGCUUGAUCAGGCCACCCUGCAAGAAAACGUCAAGGUCGAGCCCGACCUUAGCUACCUGCCUAAUGUUCGACCGGCAGUCACUAUCACAAACAUCAUGUCACGGUUUAUGGCCACGGUUCUCAUCAGGCUGGCCGAGUCAAACACCACGGUACGAAGACAUAUGGAAGCACAGACCAAGAUGGGGAUGGAAUCCAUCGAAAAGAAGACAAACGCUGUGAUGAAGACGACCGUCGACGUUGUCAUCAACUGGGUGACCAGAUCUCUCGCGACGCAGAAGAAGACCGACUUUCGGCCGAGGGAUGACGACCUGGAGACGCUCGUCGAUUCUCUCCAAACGCAGACCUGUCUCACGAUCACCACGUUCCUGAAUCGGGUUGCGAUUCUUCUGAACCAGUCUGUGGAUGGCCACAACCUCGAAAUCAUCUCGAGCGAGCUCGCCCUCGCCAUCCACAAAUUGCUGUUUGACCACUUCAGGAAAUUCCCCGUGAACGCUACUGGCGGUCUCAUGGUCACCAAGGAUAUUGCCAAGUACGUUUCAACGCUGAAGGAGUGGCCCUUGACCAAGGAGGUGGAGGGCAUCGUCGAGGUGUUGACCGAAGUGGGAUAUCUGUUCAUCAUCGGUCCUGAAGCGCUGAGGGAGAGGUCGAGGAAUUUGGCAUCGGGGCCAGUGGGUCUGGGCAAGAGGCUGCACAAGGCAGACUUCAAAGCAUUCGUGCAGAGGAGAGAAGACGCCAGCAGUGUCGGCAUCCAGAGUGUGCUGGCUGGGCUGUGA